UUGGAACGUGGCAGGUGAAAACUAACGAGCAUCGGAAAAUUGCACGCAAACUAAAUGAUAAAUCAUCCACGAGUCGCGUUCAAUAAAUAAUUCCACAAAGCAGUUCCUUCAUUUUUAUUCUUUCUUCUCUUUGAAUUAUUUAAUUUUAUUUUUCAACCGACAAGUAUUUUCUCUGUCAUUCGACUCGCUGCAUUAUAGUUUAUGGAGAAGAAUAAUAAUCAUACUAAUAAUAAUAAUAGUUAUAAUAAUUAGAAUAAUCAGAAUAAUAAUAACAACGACAACAACAACAACUGUAAUAAAAAUAUCAAAGCUAGUUCAAUGCGAACCGAAGUAUAAAAAAUAACCACAGAAAGUACGAUGUUGUCAUCUUUGAGAGUAUGCUGUGGCCCGAUUCGCCAAAGAUGGGUAUUCGCGCUGAUGGGAUUUUUAGGGAUAGUGAACGCGUACGCGAUGAGGAAUUGUCUGUCAUUGGCCAUAACCGAAAUGGUGAGAGAUGAAGAUCACAGCGAAGGAAAAAUCGACCUAACUUUGUGUCCAGCUAACAAUCAGACAACGACGUCGGCUAGCGGUAACGGAGAGUUCGAUUGGGACGAAACCGUACAGGGAGUGAUCCUUUCCGCAUUCUACUGGGGUUACGUGGUGACCCAUGUCCCCGGUGGUUACCUCUCGGAAAGAUUUGGAGGAAAAUACGUCCUGGCUUUGGGAAUCUUUUCAACGGCAAUUUUCACACUUCUCACCCCUAUAGUGAUUACAUGGGGAGGUUCGACCGCCCUUGUGGUCCUCAGAAUUUUGAUGGGACUGGGGGAAGGUACGACUUUCCCGGCCUUGAAUUUCAUGCUCGCGCAGUGGACGCCGCCCACCGAAAGGUCGAGGAUGGGGUCGAUGGUGUUCGCCGGUGCUCAAUUGGGGACCGUGUACGCAAGCUCGAUAUCCGGCAUCCUUCUCGAUUUGUACGGCUGGAGAUCGGUGUUCUACUUUUUCGGAUCGGUAGGCGUCGCCUGGACCCUCAUAUUCGCGAUCGUCUGCUACAGCGACCCGGACAGUCAUCCGUUCAUAUCCGAGAAGGAGAGAAAGUACCUGAAGGAAUCCACGUACGAACACGCUCACAAAAAAUUACCGCCCGCACCUUGGAAACCCAUUCUGAAAUCGGCGCCUGUAUGGGCAUUGGUAGUAGCUCAGAUCGGCCACGAUUGGGGAUUGCUCACAAUCGUGACCGACCUUCCGUUGUACAUGAGCAACGUCCUACACUUUUCCAUAAAAUCUAACGGUCUUCUAUCCGCUCUUCCGUACCUCGCCAUGUGGCUGGUCAGUAUAGCGUCGUCUCCGAUCGCCGAUUGGCUGAUAAAUUCCGGAAAAAUGUCCAUAGCUAACGUGAGAAAAUUAUUCACAACCGGAGGAUCGAUGGGUCCGGCAGUUUUCAUAAUCGCAGCCUCUUACGCCGGAUGUGACAAAACGAACGUUGUGAUAUUGAUGACAGUUGGAAUGGGAUUGAUGGGCACCUACUACCCAGGCAUGAGAGUAAACUCAUUGGAUCUAACGAUAAAUUAUUCCGGCACGGUGAUGGCGGUUGUCAGUGGAAUAGGUGCGAUCUCGGGUAUUUUGACACCCUACAUAGUCGGAAUUUUGACGCCCAACGAGACGGUCGGAGAGUGGAGGCUGGUGUUCUGGAUCGUAUUCGGUGUAUUUACGGUGACGAAUGCAUUCUACCUGUUCUACGCGAGUGGCGACGUGCAAUAUUGGGACGAUCCGGAAUGGGUUCGGGAAACUAGGGAUAACAAGAAACAUAAAGCAGCUGCAGCUGUCACGACGAUCACCACGCAAUCAGAUAGCUAGUCGAAUGCGAUCAUUAGUUUUAUCAAAUUCAUCAUUGAUGGCUUAUCACUGUAAAUAGCUACCUCCCCUCGUAAUAUCGCAGCCACAUAUCAUUUCCUCAGUUUAAUUAUUUAUAAGUGUUAUUAGUAUUUUUUAUCCGGACAUGUCGAAGCUCCAGACUUUCGAUAAUGUCGCGAAAAUUUUCCACGUAAUUUUUGGCCAUGAAUCUUGUAACGGUAACGUACGUCACGAACGUUCUGCAGAAGUGGUUGCAACAAGUCGUAGGUAACGCACGUGCGGAACGUUAUUGGCAAUAAACAUGAGCUGACCGUAUAAAAUUUGAAAUCUUCGCAAAGGAUAUCUCCCAAGUCGUAUAAAAAUCACGUAACGGUGUGUCGAAUCACAGUUGAAAAUCACGCGCAAAGUUCGUGUAGUUAGUCGACGAGAUAUCUCGCAAAUUCUGCUUCUUAUAUGCGUGGGAUUUGCAGUAGACGAAAAAAUGCAUAAAAAAUAAAUUCACAAACGAAUAGCUCGUAAGAUUACCAUAUGUAUCUGUUAACUGUACGACGUGAAAUGUAUCCGCAUCAUAUGUUACAAAUAUAUUACAAGAAGACUGCCAA